AUGGAGGUCACGAAUCCUCGUCGCAUAUUAGCCGUGUCAUCAGCUGAUUCAGCACAACACCUUUCCCGUGUUUUAAAAGACCUCACUGGCACAACACCGGAACAGACAUCAACGUCCCUGGCCGGGGCAUCACAUAACCUCUCACUCAAAACCACAUACUACACAGCAGAAGUGCCUAUAUGGCUGGAUUUAAUAGCAUCGCCAUCAGAAUGGUCCGCUUCAUUCCUCUCUGCUGAAGCGAAGGAAGUCCUGGAAGUACUCGGCGGUGUCAUGGUAGUCUUCGCGCUGCCGGUUCACGCUACCUCCGACGAAGGAAAGGCCUCCCAAGAUUUGAUCAAACAAGUUGGGAAAGUCGUGAAGGAGGGCCUGGGUGGCUGGGAAUGGGAUGGCGUGGGCCUCUGUCUCGGCGUCGGCGAGAUCGACGACGUCGAUGUCUGGGACGACUGCUGCGCCGAGUCAGGACUAGAGUUCGUGCAGGUCAGGAGCCAGACGACGCCCACCAGGAAUGAAUAUGGAGAAAAAACCGGGAUACCACGAGCCUUGGAGGCAUUGGAAGCAAACGACUGGGCAAACGCAUCAGCCGAUGAUCUCGGCUCCGAUUUCGACGACAUAGACGCCGAAAUCGAAGCGCACAAGAAUCGCCAAGAGGCUAGCGAGGAUCCUAAUGCUCCUGAUUUAGAUCCCGAGAGUUUGGAUUUCGGCUUCGAUCGUGAGGAUUUUGAAGGUCUGAGGCGCGCGAUAUGGAGCUCGGGGAAGGAGGAUGGCGAGUCGAGCAUAGAUGGCGAGAAGAAAGCGCCGGACGACGCGGAGGACCCGAUCGAUGAUGAGGAUGUUCAGAAGAUGGAACGCUUGAUGGCGAAAUUGCAGGCUGUGAGGGAUUCGAAUGCGGGCUUGCCUGAGGACCAGCGGAAGCGAGCCGCGGCGAAGGCUGUGGCUGAAGUAAUGAAGGAAAUAUGA